AUGGCGCGCCCGAGCGGGGGCGAGGGGCACGAGGGCGAGCCUACAGACGUCUACAAAGCGGGCGCACCUGCCUACUCCGGCCGGGCAGUCGAUCCGGACGUCCGUUUCGACGCUUCAGGUCUCCCUUUCAUCGACAACCCCCCUUCAGCUCGUCGCCCGACCCCUCGACAGGCGAGACGAGUCGCCGUGCCGGUGAAGAAGUGGGCAUUGAUAUGGUCUGACGAGCAGGACGGGCGGAGGAACGGAAUGUGGACGGCUGAGAGCGGAGUGAAGUACUCGCUUGUCGUUGACUCGAAGGGACUCGCGGUCGAGGAAGUUUCGAGCGAUACGAGGACGGAGAAGGUUCAGCAGUUCGGCUACAAUAUCGAAGCUGUCAAGGCGAGUAGCAUCGUCGACGUCAAGCGCUGGCCGAUGCCUCGCGAGGGAUCCGAGGUCGUGAUCAGCUGUGCCUUCAAGGCCACUGCAGACGUCCCUCGAUGCGUCCUUUCCCUCGAGCUCGACGUCCGCCACGCUGCCGGCUUCUUGCCUCCCGAUCUCGAGCACAUCAAAGCCUUCUUCGUGUCAUGGCAGCAGAAGCACGGCUUUCCUGCGGAGAUUGACUCGACAUGCGCCAUUGCCAUCCCUCCCGCCGGCGUCUCGCUCGCCGCUCGCAUCCCUCCGCCGCCCGACUACGAUCCGCUUGACUCGUCGACAUGGGUGGCGGCCUUCCCUCCUGUUUCCGCUGGACAGCUCAAGCUCUACGAAGACGACGCGCCAGUCUUGCUACCGUCGAUGGGGGGACCGAAGAAGGUGGACGAGACGGAGACGAGCGGGAACGAGGGUAGGAAGGGGAAGAAGCGGACCAAAGGCGGUGUCGGUGGAUCAACGACGAAGAAGAAAGGCACGGCUCGGAAGAAGCUCAAGACUGGCGGAGGUUCUGAUGCGGAGGCGAAUGAGCAGGCGGACUACGAUCGCGAGCAGGCGCUGAUAGAGGCUGCGCUCGAGGCUGGCGAGGAGGUCUACUCGCAUACGGGCAGGCAGAAGCGCAGGGCGACGAUCAAGAAGCCGGUUUAUACGCUCCCCGACUUGACGACCGAUUCAGACUUUGAGCCGCAGCCGACAAAGCCUGCUGAACCCGCCGCUUCGACGCUCAAGACACCCGCCAUACGUCGUCGCUCAUCCACUACUCCCGCCGCCGCCUCACCCCCUCGUUCAACGACCGCCGCUUCCGCUGUCCCACCUUUCAAUCCUCCUCACUCUCCUUUCAACGGCCAUGCACCGCCCUCACUCUCACCAACCGCUCAACCUCCUCCUCCCAAUCAGCCGCCUGCCGUCUCGCCCGAAGCUUUCGCCGCCCUCCAAGCGCGCUACAACGAGAUGUACGCCUACCUUUGCCAUCUCGGCCAUGGCCACGCAGACCUCGUUAUGCGUAUGUGCUCGUCGCCGGCUGGCGAGGCCGCGAACGACGGAAAGGUCGUGAAGGGGAUGUUUCAGCGGGUCGAGGAGAUGGACAGGCGCUUGGAGAGCUUGGAACACGCGGGCGAGCAGAUGAGGGUGCAGGAGGAGGCGAAGCUGAAGAAGGAGACGAUGUGCGAGGAUGCAUCCGGCUCGGAAGCUGCCGGCGCCCUACGCAGCGACGACACCAAACGCAUCGCCGCGCUCGAGUCGCAGGUGGCGGCGAUGAUCGCGACGGUGGGAACGCUCUGGGCGAGGGUGGAGGCGCUCAAGGCGGAACGGGAGGCGACUUAG